GAGAGGCUCUGGGGGUUUUGAUUUUUUCUCACUUCUUGCUGUUAUUUGGAAGUAAACGGUGCAUGAGAGAAUCGUCGGGGACCUCCGGAUUCGCGAAAUGUUGCAAUGAGGCGCCGACUCUGACUCGCCGUGCCAAACAGGAGUAUGAAGCGCUUUGUGGCUCAGCGAGCAGCGAGAGAGAAACGCCGUUUGCUUCGGAUAUUCAGCGACGCUUGCGGGCCGAUCGACUAGUGCCUGGAGCUAGGACUGGGCAACAUGGCCUCGGCUGCUAACGUCUCCUUCGAGCAGGAAAACGGGGAGCCCGAUCGGCCGAGGUUACCGCGGAGAAGGACUAGGAGGAACGGUCGCGCAGCCCCGCCGGAUUUGGAGUAUUUACAACGUCCGAGCUACUGCGAUGCAGCGUUCGCGCUUGAGCAGAUAUCCGAGGGUAAGGCGACUGGAAGAAAAGCAUCGCUCUGGCUCAGAGCAAAGUUUCAGAGACUUCUGUUCAGACUCGGCUGUUACAUACACAAGAACUGUGGAAAGUUUUUAGUUGUGGGCCUUUUAAUAUUUGGAGCUUUCGCUGUUGGAUUGAGGGCAGCUAAUCUGGAAACGAACGUGGAGAACCUCUGGGUAGAAGUUGGUGGCAGAGUAAAUCAGGAGCUAAAGUACACGCGGCAGAAGAUUGGUGAGGAGUCCAUGUUUAACCCUCAGAUAAUGAUCCAGACACCACGACAGCACGGUGAGAACAUCCUGACCGCUGAAGCACUAAAGCAACACUUAGACUCGGCCGUCAAAGCUAGCAGAGUGCAAGUUUACAUGUAUAACAGGAAAUGGAAUCUGGAACAGUUGUGCUACAAAUCAGGAGAAGUCGUCACAGAAAACAAUUUGGCCUACCAGAUCAUUCAAAAUCUACAUCCCUGUCUAAUCAUCACGCCUCUGGACUGUUUUUGGGAAGGUGCUAAGCUACACUCAGGCACAGCCUAUCUCCCUGGUAGACCCGCUCUGCAGUGGACCAACUUCGACCCAAUGGCUCUGAUUGCAGAUUUGGCAACCAUAACUCACCAGGUAGACUCCUGGGAGGAGAUAUUGGUCAAGGCAGACGUAGGUCAUGGCUACAUGGACCGGCCCUGCAUAAACCCAGCGGACCCGGAUUGCCCUUUCUCCGCCCCCAACAAGAACUCUACUCGGCCAUUAGACAUUGCCCGAGUCCUGACUGGUGGCUGCCGUGGAAUCUCCAAAAAGUAUAUGCACUGGCAGGAAGAGCUCAUCAUCGGAGGGACCUUGAAGAACGAUAGUGGGAGACUUCUCAGUGGCCAGGCUUUGCAGACCAUGUUUCAGCUUAUGACUCCCAAGCAGAUGUACGAGCACCUGAAGGGCUAUGAUGAGGUCUCACACAUGAACUGGAAUGAGGAAAAAGCAGCUGCCAUCCUGGAGGCCUGGCAAAGGCGCUAUUCUGAGGUGGUCCAGCAAAGUGUGUCCAUCAAUUCCUCUCAGAAAGUGCUGACCUUUACCACCACCACUCUAGAGGACAUCCUUAAAUCCUUCUCCAGUGUCAGUGGAAUCCGCAUCGCCAGUGGCUACUUGCUUAUGCUUGCCUACGCGUGUCUGACCAUGUUGCGCUGGGACUGUGCCAGAUCCCAGGGGGCAGUGGGGCUGGCCGGCGUGCUGCUGGUCACUCUGUCCGUCGCUGCUGGACUCGGUCUUUGCUCUCUCAUCGGCAUUUCCUUUAAUGCUGCUACCACUCAGGUGCUUCCAUUUCUUGCUCUUGGCGUUGGGGUUGAUGACAUCUUUCUCCUCGCGCAUGCUUUUAGUGAGACCGGGCAGAACAAACGCAUCCCUUUUGAGGACCGUACAGGCGAGUGUUUGAAGAGAACAGGGGCCAGUGUGGCUUUAACCUCAAUCAGUAACAUCACUGCUUUUUUUAUGGCUGCCCUCAUCCCUAUCCCAGCGCUGCGAGCCUUCUCUUUACAGGCUGCGGUUGUGGUGGUGUUUAACUUUGCCAUGGUGCUGCUCAUCUUCCCCGCCAUCCUGAGCAUCGACCUUUACCGACGAGAGGAGCGCCGCUUUGACAUCUUCUGCUGCUUCAUGAGCCCGUGCUCUAACCGUGUAAUCCAGAUGGAGCCUCAGGCGCUGGGCGACUUGGGCCACUGCACCCCUCCACCCUCCUACAGCAGCCACAGCUUCUCUCAGCACACGCACAUCACCAUGCAGUCGACGGUGCAGCUGCGCACCGAAUACGACCCGCGCACGCAGGCCUACUACACCACAGCCGAGCCACACUCGCAGAUCUCAGUGCAGCCGCUUCACCCCAACCACAACAAUAACCACAAUAACAACAACAGCUCCACACGCGACCUGAUAAGCCAGGCCACGGAGACGGGGUCAGAGCACCCAGAGUCCUCCUGUGCGCACUGGACGUUCGCCGCCUUCGCCGAGAAGCACUACGCACCGUUUCUGCUGCAACCCACCACAAAGGUGGUGGUGAUUGUGCUGUUCCUGGCUCUUCUGGGCGUCAGUCUGUACGGCACCACACGAGUGCGGGACGGCCUGGAGCUGACGGACAUCGUGCCGCGCGAGACGGCCGAGUACGACUUCUUGGGCGCGCAGUUCCACUACUUCUCCUUCUACAGCAUGUACGUGGUGACACAGCGGGUGGACUACGCCCGGAAACAGCCGCUUCUCUAUGAGCUGCACCAGCGCCUCGGUACCGUCAAAUACGUGCUGCGAGACGAACAAGGCCAGUUACCGCUCAUGUGGCUCCACUACUUCAAUGACUGGCUGCAAGGCUUGCAGAAAGCCUUUGAUAAGGACUUGAAGGAAGGCCGGAUCACUCAGGGGAACUACAGGAAUGGCUCAGAUAACGGCAUCCUGGCCUACAAGCUCCUGGUUCAGACAGGCCGCCGAGAAAAGCCGAUCAACCUCAACCUGCUUACCAGACACAAGCUGGUGAACGCGGACGGGAUAAUCAACCCCAACGCCUUCUACAUCUACCUGACUGCAUGGGUCAGUAACGAUCCAGUGGCCUACGCUGCCUCUCAAGCUAACGUUCGGCCUCAUCCCACCGAGUGGAUCCAUGACCGCACCGACUCCAUCCCCAUCAACAGCCUCACAAUUCCUGCUGCAGAGCCUAUCGAAUACGCUCAGUUUCCCUUCUACCUCAAUGGACUACGUGAGACCCCAGAGUUUGUGGAGGCUAUCGAGAGCGUGCGUGCCAUCUGCAACAACUACAGUCGCCAUGGAGUGCCCAGCUACCCCAAUGGCUACCCAUUCCUCUUUUGGGAGCAGUACGUAGGUCUUCGCCACUGGCUGCUGCUCUUCAUCAGUGUGGUGCUGGCUAGUACCUUCCUCGUCUGUGCCGUCUUUCUGCUCAACCCCUGGACUGCUGGCAUUAUUGUGCUGGUGUUGUCGCUGAUGACAGUGGAGCUGUUUGGCAUGAUGGGGCUGAUUGGCAUUAAGCUCAGUGCUGUACCUGUGGUCAUCCUUAUUGCUUCUGUGGGCAUUGGUGUGGAGUUCACAGUCCAUGUGGCCCUGGCCUUCCUGACAGCCAUAGGGGACAGAAAUAAACGGGCAGUGCUGGCACUGGAGCACAUGUUUGCUCCCGUUCUGGACGGAGCCUUCUCUACCCUACUGGGAGUGCUAAUGCUGGCAGGAUCUGAGUUUGACUUCAUAGUCCGAUAUUUCUUUGCUGUAUUAGCCAUCCUGACUGUGUUGGGGGUUCUGAAUGGACUGGUGCUGCUCCCGGUCCUAUUGUCCUAUUUCGGCCCUUAUCCAGAGGUGACUCCAGUGGACGGACGAAGCCGAUUGCCCACUCCAACUCCAGAGCCAUUUCCACCAGUGGUGCACUUCACCAUGCAUCCCAACCACGCCGCCACUUCCACCACUGGAACAGGCUCAGAUACCUCCGACUCAGAGUACAGCUCCAACUCCACGGGAUCAGGGAUCAGCCAUGAGAUGUCGCACCAUGACCUCCAGGUCAGCAGGGGGCGAACUGCACGAGCUGAAGAGGUACAAAUUACCACUGUGCCGCGACCAAACAGUCAUCACAAACAGCCAGCAACUCCACCAGCUUACACAGCUGGAGCGACUGACUCUAAACACCAGCAGCAUCAUCACCCCCCUCAUCCUCAUCACUCUCAGGAUGCAGGACCUUCCCUUCCUCACCGACACAUUGGCCGAGAGCCGAAGCGGGAGGCGGGACCCAGACAUGCCGCUCCUCCUCACAGGCGGCGCACAGACGCUUUUGAAAGCACCGGCCCUUGUGGCCCGAGAGAACAUUCAGCGGGCCGACGGCCUCAUUCCCACAACCCUUACCCUCACCCCAUACACCCCGGCUCAGGUCCCACCUACUGCCAACCCAUCACCACGGUGACGGCUUCAGCCUCUGUCACGGUGGCCGUCCAUCCGGGCAUGCCUGCCCAGACCCCCCACUACCCCUGCUACACCUCUAAUGACAACUGCCGCACUUCCGAAGGAGCCUACGCUCACGACGCGCACUUCCCUGACCCUCACGUGCCUUUCAGUGAGCACCGCUACAGUGGAGACUCGACGCAGGAGGGCCUGGAGCUGCAGGACUUAGAGUUCAGCUCUCACACCGAGAGCCAAACCAGAGCCUCCAGCUGAGUGGCUGAACGUUGAAAAGCACAACUGGCCAAAGAUGGGAUGUGCGUGUGCUGGAGUGGAGGAGACGUGGUGCUGCAAAGCGAGGGAACUCGGACCAGCAGUGCCCUCGCAGUGCUUCACUGUUACUGUA